UUUGGUUGUAAUCGAGGUUCUUGUGGCAGGUAGGUUUACGACAUUAACAUCCAUUUUGUUCAUUUAUGUGUACAGUGUAUGGUAUAAUAUAAAAACUAAUGACCCUUUAAUACACCGUCUUAUCUACGUGAUCUGUGGUCAUUUGGAUUCGCGCCAAGGUCUUGUAUGUUCACGUGUUGUAGUAGGUCUUGUAUGUUCACGUGUUGUGCUUGGUAAACAAUGGCAGGUCGAUAGGUACGAGCCCUGACCCCUUACUUGAGGUAAAUCGGUUUCAAGCCCUGGGUAAAAUGCUAGAAUCAUAUGUUAUUUGAUACAUGAAAAUCUGUUUAUAAUAUCAAUGUCGCUCUAAUCUCCUUUCCUCCACUUACAAUCAAUCUAAAUUGUAUAUCACAAUAUUGUGUGAACAGAACUUUGUUAUAUACAUAUAUACAUGUAUGUUUUAUACAUGUAUUUCCUUUGUGUGUGUGUGUGUAUAUAUAUAUAUAUAUGUCUAAUCAUUAAUGUUCUUUCAAAUAAUUCAUAUCGUAUUGUAACAGGGAGAAAAUGCAGCGAACCAGGGGUCACAGAUCUGAUCCUAGAUUGAUGUUUUCAAGAUGUGAAAACAUUUAGGGAGGAAGGAAUGUGGUCAGACGGUUCGAUCACUAGGGCCCAAAAAAAUUUAUGUGUAAAAAAAAAACUAACGUUGGGGGUCAGUGGUCAGAUAGGUUCGAUCACUUGGGCCCAAAAAAAAUUAGGUGCAAAAAAAAACCAGCGUCGGGGUCAGUGGUCAAAUAGGUUCGAUCACUAGGGAAAAAAAAAAUUAGGUGUAAAUAAAACUAGCGUCGGGGGUCAGUGGUCAGAUAGGUUAGAUCUCUAGGGCAAAAGAAAAUUAGGUAUAAAAAAAAAAACUAUCAUGGGUGGUCAGACAGGUUCGAUCACUAGGGCCAAAAAAAAUUUAGGUGUAAAAAAAGGGGUCGUGUGUGUUUUCAAUUACAGCUUGGGAAAAAAAAUAGUGUUGGGGAUCAGGAAAAAAAAUAUUUUUUUUAUUUCAGUAAAUAUUGCCUUGUAUCACUGGAAAAGAAACUUGUACACAAUACAUAGGAUACAUUUCUAGAGACGAUAGGAUGAGCAGUAAGAACUACUACCCAAUGGAAACCAAAGGAAGUCCGAGGAGUUACCAGCCUCACAAAAAUGGAAACCUGAUGGAGAAGGGCUCUGAGGAACAAACAGAGAAAUUCCUUCCUGUCAUUGAGCCUGGGCUGGAUUCCCUGAACAAGAACCCAGAUGAUCUCCCAUUUAUCCCCGAAGAGUUUAGCACACCACCGGACAGGUACAGAAUAGUGUUCUUCAUCAUGGUGAUUCAUGGCAUAGGGAUUCUGAUGCCCUGGAACAUGCUGAUUAAUGCAAAAACGUACUUUGAGGAAUACAAGUUAGGCAAGAAUGAGACGGAAGUGGUGGAACUGAAGGGGAAAUUCAUGUUUUAUCUCGGAAUCUUCUCCCAGGUCCCAAACUUUGUCAUGAGUGGAGUCAACACAUUCUGUCAAUGUGGAGGGCAGGCAUCACCACGGAGAAUCAUCAUCUCUAUCAGCAUCAUGAUUGUUGUAUUCAUCGCCACGGUGAUCUUGGCAAUGCUGGACUCUUCAGACUGGUCUGUGACAUUUUUCUGGAUCACCAUGAUGACUGCUGUGAUUCUAAACAUGGCCACGGGAGUAUACCAGAACAGCACAUUUGGAUUGGCAGCCAUAUUCCCCAUGAAAUACACAAAUGCCAUUGUGUUAGGAACUAAUUUUUCUGGAGUGUUCAUAGCAGUUGUCAACUUAAUCUGCAUUGCCAGUGCCCCUGAUCCACGGACUCAGGCUAUCUAUUACUUUGUGAGUGCUAUCGCCGUGCUACUGCUGUCGUUUGAUGCCUACUUUCUGCUCCCGUUGACGAAAUUCUACCAGCAUCACCGUGCUCUUGUACGGCGUCAACAGAGCACGAAUAGUCCUUCACGCUCAUUCUCAGAAACUUGUUCACUGUUUGGACAAGUUCUUAGAAAGAUCUGGGUGCAGGCUCUGUGUGUAUGGUUUGUUUUCUUUGUGACCUUGACAAUAUUCCCCGGGAUUUGGAGUAAUAUCACAAGGAAGAAUUUCCCUAUACCCGAUAACUAUUGGGUCGCUGUGUUCUGCUUUCUGAGCUUCAACGUGUUUGCGUUCCUUGGAAACAUUGCAUCAGAGUGGAAGAAAAUCCCCGGGCCUCGAUUCAUCUGGAUCCCUGUUCUCCUGCGAGGCCUGUUUAUUCCAUUCUUCCUGUUCUGUCGAUUCGAGGUGGAGAACAAAGAGCGGACAUUUCCCAUUCUGAUCGACAAUGACUAUGUGUAUAUUGUGGCGGGGAUUGUGUUGGCCUUCACUAGCGGUUACUAUAGUAGUCUUACUAUGAUGUAUGGACCAAAGCUGGUGGAGCCAGAGGUGGCUGGAAUAGCUGGGAUGAUCAUGGCAUUCUGUCUGGUGAUGGGAAUUACGACUGGCGUCAAUUUCUCUCUGGCCGUGGCGAGUUUGGCCACUCAGUGACCCACAUUAACAGAUUAUCAAAGCAAACAUUUAAUCCGAUGCUGUGGAAAUUUCAGGACACAACCACUGCCCAUUCAGAAUCUUGGAUUCCAGACAGUUCUUAAAGCCUGCGACUGCCAAUAUCUGGUGUCUACAAAUACUAAAUUCACCUCCAUUCACCGCAAUGACAGUACACUAGAAUUUGUCAAAUAUCAAUGGACGAUAUUCAGGAAUCACCCUGUUUGUCUGUCUGUAAAUGAUAAAAUGCUGAGUACUGCAUAUAUUUCAUUAUCCGGAAAAAUGUUCUCAUUUCAACUACAACCUCAACAGUUUGGAUUCUUUUUCGUACGAAAGAAUGAAUCUUGACAAUCAUGGUUAAAUCUCGUCUGAAGACCUGUGGCCAUUUUCACAAAAAAUCUUACAACUAAGAUCAAAAUGUUGUCUGUGCUAUAUACUCAAUUAAGUGCAACUAUGUCCCAACUUGAAGUAAGAAUGCCAGUUUUAUCACUUAUGUAUAUGUAUAUACUAAGUUUCGCUCAUUCAGAAAUAUAUGAACUCAGAAUUGUAAAAGAAUUAGUGUUUUAAAAUUUUCAUCUUAGUUGGCAAGAUGCUGACUUUCAGUUCUGGAAGAAAUACUGCUGAGCCAUAUAACCAAAAUGUUCUAGAAUGACUUCACUAUUAAGGAAUGAAGCACUUUGUUAAAAGAGACAGUACAGUUCAUUUCCAAAUCUUCUUUGUAUGUAUUAAAUACUUAUCGAUAAAAUAAUAUUAAGAAAUCAUGGUCAUGCAUUUCAAAUAUGCAACAAAAUUAGAGAAAGUUGUGGUAAAAUUGUCAUUUUAUGAUUUUUGCCUAAAAUGAGCUGUGUUGUCUCUUUAACUGCUUUUUAUACGCCCAUCUUGAUGGGGAGCAUUAUGUUGCUAUGCUUUGUUCGGGCCGUAACUUCUAUAUGCCAGGAAUAAAGUCAUACUUAUUGGAAACCAGUAUGUUGUGACCUUAAUCCAAUGACAUACAUCAUAGGUCAGGGUCACUGAACUUGAUGAAAUUUUUUCUUUGUUCAGCUUACUAUUUUUAAAUGCUUUGUUGCAACAAGUUCACACAUUAUUGAAUUAUUUUUUUUUACAUCUAUUGCACUAAUAACACUAAAUGGUGUGUAGAUGGUUGAAUAACGUAUUACCACAUUAUGAUAAUUUCUUGCAUGUUUCAGAGAAGUCAAAGAACAAAUAUUUGUUGAAUGCAAGAACUUAACGUUUUCAUUUUUCUCAAUGAAUUUCUUUGACUUAACCUGCGUGUACACCUACACAUUUAUAAUUUGACAGACCAGCAACAGCUCAGUGUUUAGUCCUCAUUUUAUCUGGUGGGCAGGGACAAAAUAUUUGAAUUUUUAUGAAUGGAAAUAUAAUGCAAUGUGUGAUAUUUGGGAAUGACUGUUGAUGUGAAUAUUAAUGUUAAAAUAGUUCUGCAGUCUGAUAGUGUGUAUUGCCGGCUUCCCUGAAAUCCAUGUGUGGUGCACUGCUCACUGAUGUGGCCAGAUUUUAUAUGUACAUGUAUGUUUGUUGGAGAUAGUAUGUUGGUGACGAGAUAUGCAUUAUAUUUUUCAAAGCUACAUGCAUCUCCUAAAUCAACUGUUCCAUUACAAUCAUGUAUUAUAAAAUGGCAUAAACAUUUUACCAUCUAUUCAGACAGGUUAAUUACGAGUAUGUUGAAUGCAUUUAUAUUUUAUUGUUUGAUCUAGAACUAUAUACAUAUAUCUAGGUAGGAUUAAUUAUAUUCAUAGUUUUAGGUCACCUGAGUCAAAGACUCCAGUAAUUUUUUCUUGUCAAAGUCUGUUAUGAACUUUUUACAUUUUUUGACUACUGAACCACUUUCAACCAAACUUUCGUAAAAACCUUGUUUGGGUGUGUUCAAAUUAAUGGCUCAUGCCCCUGUCCAAGUGUUUAUUGGAUGUACAUGUAUAUUGUUUAACGUCUCACUCAAGAAUUUUUCACUCAUAUGGAAACAUCAUUGCCGAUAAAGGGCUGCAAAAUUUAGGCCUGCUUGGUGCGCAUGUCCAAGGUACAUGUUUUAAAUGUGAAAAUACAACUGACAGGUGAGCAAUGAAGCCUGUAGACCUUGUUUUAUGUUAUUUGUGCUUUGUCUCAAUCCGGACUUGCAGGCAGAUCCAGAACUCAGGAGAUUUGAAUGUAUAUCAGAGACAAAACAAGCCAAGAGCCAUGACCUUUAAGUUUGUAUGUAAUAUAAAAGCAUUUACAAUGUCCUCAAAACCGUCUCUUGUAUCAUAUGAUUGAAUUCAUGCUAUUGACAUUGUAUGGAUUGUGACAUACAUGUAUUUAACGUAAAAUAGCAGUAUGUAAUUAAUGUAAAAUAGCAGUAAUGCUAGAAGACGACCAGUUCUUUGACAGGAAAUAUUCAACAAGAGAAAAGAAACUCGUACUGCUACAAUUUAAUAUCUGGUGAUAUUGUGUUUAAAGUCUCGUGCUACUGUUCUAUUUGUUGUCAGAAUUGCUGAAUUAGUGACGCCUGUUGAAUUUUUAAAGCUGCUCUACUGUAAUUUUUUUUUCAUCUUGUAUAAAUGACUGUGCACUAGGUCAAGAGUGUGGGUUUAAUUGUGUUUGUUUUUGUUUUUUGGUUCACGAUGUUGUGAAAACUUUUCAUGAUUAAAUAAACUGUCAAAAAUAGA